CGCCGCCGGUAGAGAAAGCGCGCGCGUGGAAGGUCUCUCGCCGGGCAGCGCCACGUGUCUUCGCGCGCGGGAGCGAAAGGAGGAAAGAAAGGAAGCGUCCGAGGGCGAGCCGUCCUCUCCAUCUUCCUUCCGUCCAUUCCUCCUUCUGUCCGCAUCCACCAUGGAGCCCGCUGGUUUCCUCUCGGCUCACCCAUUCCACGAGAACGUGAUGGCCGCGGAUCUGUACAAGCCCUCGCCUCCCGUUGUCGCUUCGCCCAAAGCCGAGCAGCCGAAAGCGAGCGAACCCGUGAGGAUCAUCAGCGAUCCUGUCUCGGGCCGGACUUACAGCAAAGGCCGCCUGCUUGGGAAGGGUGGAUUUGCAAGGUGCUAUGAAGUGACGGACCUCUCAAGCAACAAGACAUAUGCAGUGAAGGUCAUUCCUCACAGUAGAGUGGCCAAGCCACACCAACGGGAGAAGAUCAUCAAUGAAAUUGAGCUGCACAGAGAGCUGCAUCAUAAACACAUUGUGAAGUUCUCACAUCACUUUGAAGAUUCUGAGAAUAUUUAUAUCUUCCUUGAGCACUGUAGUAGAAAAUCUUUGGCACAUAUCUGGAAAUCUCGCCAUACCCUUCUGGAACCAGAGGUUCGUUAUUACCUCAGACAAAUAAUUUCUGCCUUGAAAUACCUUCACCUCAAAGGCAUCCUUCACAGGGAUCUCAAACUUGGUAACUUUUUCGUCAAUGAAAACAUGGAACUGAAAGUUGGAGACUUUGGUUUGGCUGCCCGGCAAGAACCUGCAGACCAAAGAAAAAAGACUAUUUGUGGUACCCCCAACUACCUUGCCCCGGAAGUGUUACUGCGACAAGGACAUGGGCCCGAGUCCGAUGUGUGGUCUUUGGGCUGUGUCAUGUACACUUUGCUGUGUGGAAACCCCCCUUUUGAGACUUCUGAUCUCAAGGAGACCUACAGGUGCAUUAAGCACGUCACCUAUACACUCCCAGCAUUCCUUUCCGUGCCAGCCAAGAACCUACUCAUGGGCAUCUUGAAACGAAACCCACAGGAACGUUUCACGCUGGAGGAAAUCUUGGACCAUGAUUUUUUCACUAAAGGAUACACACCUGAUAAGCUCCCACCUAGCAGCUGUGUGAUGGUGCCAGAACUGAAUCCUCCCAAUCCUGCCAAGAGCUUGUUUGUAAAAGUCACAAAGACACUUUUUGGAAAAAGGAAAUCCAAAGUUAAAAAGGCUCCCUCUGAAGAGAGAGAUGACAUCUCCAAGUUGGUUACGGGCCUUGUGAAGACCUCCAUCUGUAGGCAAAUAAGCCACAAAACAGUGGAAGGAAAUGAGGCUACUCCAGUGAGUGGUCAGAGCCCCAGCUCUAGCCCAGCAGACACCGUAGCAGAGGAGGGCUCACAGAAGUCCAUCUCCCGGUCCAUUCGUGGGACAAUGGCCAGCAGCUGUGAAGUAUUUGAAGACUGUGUGACAGCAGCAGGUGUCAUUGAAUCUGCAAUUGGACUCUUGAAGAACUGUCUCUCUGUGAUGCCACCAGCUGAGAGGAACCCUGCCUCCCUAGCCUGCCAUGAACAUUUUGUCUGGGUGAGCAAGUGGGUGGACUAUUCCAACAAGUAUGGCUUUGGCUACCAGCUCUCCGACCGUAGCAUCGGUGUUCUCUUCAACGAUGGAACUCACAUGACUCUCUCUGCCAAUUGGAAGAAAGUACGUUACAACUUGACGAACAGUAAACAUUUCUCCUUCCUGGCUUCAGCAGUUCCAGAACAACUGCAGGGGCAAAUGAGUGUCCUGCAGUACUUUGCCUCUUAUAUGGAACAGCAUCUGAUGAAGGGGGGAGACUUGCCCAGCAUAGAUGAGACUGGACAGGUGCCACUUUUGCUUCUGCAGUGGGUGAAGACUAACCAGGCCUUAUUGAUGCUCUUCAGCAAUGGAACCUUGCAGGUGAACUUUUAUAAUGAUCAUACCAAGGUGAUAUUCAGCAAGCCUGACCACUCCUGCCUCCUCACCUACAUAAACCGUGACAGGAAUUCCUACACCUACAAGCUUAGCAGCAUUGCAGAAUUUGGGUGCUCAGCAGAGCUUCAGCGUCGGCUCAAGUACAUCCUCAGACUGCUACAACAGCGAACGGAUGCUUAAAGCUAUAGACGCCUGGUCUCCUUGGAACUUUUUUGUUCUUCCAAGAAACUGUUAAUGGAUAAGAGAGGGCAUUUCUAGACCCCAGUGGGAUUCUUCCUCAGUGGAUGCCUGAUCUCCCCAGGAGAGUAAAAUGUCACAACCAAAACUGCACUUGUGCAGCUCUGAGCCACUUUUUGAGACCCAUCAACUUCUAGAUGCCUACCACCAACUGCCUCUUCUUUUUCUUUCCCCCUCUUUUAUGAAGUGGGGGCAUUUUCCCACUUGCGUUCAUGUGGCUGCUGCAGCCCACUGUGCAGAGGUGAUAUAGCAGCAGAUGCCUUAAGCUUUACUCCUGUGUAGUCAGUGCACAGUUUGUUACACACAUGGUGUUACAGGGUGGAAAAGGGUGGGGGAGAAACUGUGCUCCAUAUGCGAUAUGGGGAAUAACAUUGGGUAAAUAGGGAGGGAAAUGACAAGUCUUCGUUCAAAAUGGCUUGUAGGGUUUCUGUUUGGUGUCAAAUGCCAAAUAUCUUGUGUACAAUAUGGCAUCUUGGAGCCUGAUGGGUAGAGAGGCUUGAAUUCAGGAUUAAGUGGUGAGUUGUUCCAGGCCCUGACAACACUACCGCUAUGUUCCCUGGACUACAUUAUGCUGCUUGGAGUUGCAUCACUUGCCUGUUCUCACUUGGUUAUGACUCAUGAACCAAAUAAGAAGGCUGUGAAUUGGGAGUGGCCACCAAGAGAGGAAGAAGGCCUGUGCUACAGGGCACUUGUAACAUGGCUGGCUCUUUCCUAUCGGGGAGUCAGGCAAAUGGCUUCCUCGCUCUAGCUGUAAUGAAGUCACAAACGAAGGUGUUUGCAAGACUGUUGUUGGCUGUUGUGCCAUCUGUCUAUGUCCUGGAAUUGGCAGAGAAGAGCUACUACAACUCAAAAUUUAACCUAAGAUGUAUUAGGUGAAAUUGGGGUCAGUUCUGAUUUCCAAUACUGCCUUUAAGCAUUGAGGCUGUGAUGGUAAUGGAAUAAUAAUGGCUGUUAGGUAAUGAAACUGUUACACUAAUUAGGCAAAUGGACUCCCUAUUUUGCUGAAACUGUGAAUUCCCUGUUUGCCUCAGUUUCUCAGCUGCUUUCAUCACAAGGUACAGCAGAGGGAUUCUAUAAAUUGCUAUGGUACAAACUUGAACAGCUUUAGUGAAAGCUGCCCACGGUGUAUUGAACUUGACAUGAUUGUCCAGUUGUGGAACCUAGAUGUCCUCUAAGAUUUAUUUAUCUAUUUAUAAACUAUUUAUUUUGCACCUGUGUACCGUCAAUCAUGCACACCAUGUCUCUUGAAAUCCAGCUGUUUUGAUUACAAUAAAACUCCCUUUUUAUUAAAAGCAAAGAGAAAAAUUGUGCCAAA